AUGCAGCCCCGUCCACGCGGCUCUUCUCCGCGGCCUUCUUACGCGCUGUUCUGCCAGCAUGAUGUCUGCAGCACGGGCGUUAGAUCAGUCCUCCUUGGACGCGUCGGCACCAGCACAGCUUCGAGCGGUGAGGAGGCGCGCACCUGUGGCACAGUGAAGUCCUUCCGGGGCGAGUUCGGGUUCGUCUCGGUGGAUGGGCUGCAGGGCGACGUGAUGGUGCACGUCCGGGAUAAUCCGGGUCUCGGGCCUCUUCCAGUGGCGGGCGAGGUCCUGGAGUUCGACGUGCGGGACCAAGGCGGCAAGUUGAGGGGCUUCAACGUCACCCGCUACGGGGAGCCCCCGGUGGGCCCAGCACAGGUUGCCACCGCCAUUGCAAAUGACGUGGCGCCUCCGGAGGCAGCGGCCGCUCCGGAGGGCUUUUUCGAGGGCACGUUGGCCAGCUUCAGAGACGGCUGGGGCCUGAUCGAGUCGCCGUCGAUGGAGGGGAAGCUGUUCUGCGGAGCAUUGGACAACCCAGCUCUGUCUCAGAUCUCGCCAGGGGAUGCUGUGACGUUUCAGCUCGGGACGAAUCCCAAGGACGGCCGGGACAAGGCCGUGAAUGUGACUGCCAAGGUCUGCGAGCGCGAGCAGGUGGAAUGCAUCGGCAGACGGGUCAAAGGCAGGGUCAAAAGCGUCCGCGGAGAUUGGGGCUUUGCGUCUUCUACGGCCUUCAGUGGAGACAUCAUGGUGGGCCAGAAGAACCUCCGCGCCGCCGGCAUCACCAUCGCGCCGAACAUGAUGCUGGAGUUCGAGGUCGCCGCCAACACGAAUGGCCGCUGCGAGGCCACGAACAUCCGCGUCCUCGGUGGAGGGGCGAUGGCGAAGGGUGGGCCGGCCGCAGGCUGGGGCCCGAUGUGGACAGGUGGGCGGCCUGCAAUGACGACGCAGAGCGCAGGUUGGCACGCCACGCCGAGCCACGGCGCCGCGGGGGGCAGGGACCGCUCGCGGACUCCGGUGCCGCAAGGGCCGCAGGGGCCGCAGGGGCCGCAGGGGCCACGGCGGCAUGGCAGCGUGAAGAACUUCCGGGACGGCUGGGGCUUCCUCCUCUGCAGCCAGGUGCCCGGCGACAUCUAUCUCGAAGAACCGAAAGACUCGCCGCAGUUCUCGGGGCCGCCGCUGCAGCCCGGCGAGGCCGUGGAGUUCAGCCUCGUGCAGCGCGGCGGUGCGCAGGCCGGCCGGAACAACGGCGCGCAGGCGGUGCACGUGCUGCGCGCGGGGGGCCCCGGGGCCUGGCCGCCGCGGCAGGUGCCGCCGGCGGUGCCGACGUGGGCACAGGUCCCGGGGCCCAGGCAGGCACGCGCGCAAGCGCCGGUGCAGGCGCACGCGCCAGCGUCGGGCACGCGCUUUGGGACGCUCAGCGUGUUCAAGGACGGCUGGGGCUUUAUGUCUGGGCCUGGCCUCGAGCAAGACGUCUUCUUCGGCCUGAAGGACAACCCCCACGUCCUCUCGGCCAACGUGGGCGACUCUUUCACUUUCGAGAUCGCGAUGGGUCCGAAGGGCCGGCCAAAGGCCGUGAAUGUUCAGGAGAGCCUUCUGGGCCGCCAGGUUGCUGGAUCGAUCAAGACGAUCAAGGAUGGUUGGGGAUUUGCCACGGUCGACGGUGUUCAAGACAGCGUGCUCCUUGGAAAGAAGAACUUGGCUGCUUCCGGCAUCGAAUUGAAUUCGAUGCAAGUGGGGGACGCCGUCGUGUUCGAGAUGGCAAUGGGGCCCAAGGGUUACGAGGCGACCAACAUCCAAUGUGCCGCUUGA